CACUUGUUAUGGGGUACAGUCGGACAUCAGAUGAUCUCCUCCCGGAUGGAUGAACUUGCAGAUUGUCAUCAUUUCUGACUGUUAGUAUUUCGUAAGAACCAGUCAAGUGUAACAUUUGAUUUUAUGUCCAUUAUUCCUGGUAUAAGCAUUUGAAAUUUAAAGAAAGAAAAACAAAGAAAUAGUAGAAAAAUGGAUUAUUCUCAAAAGAUUCCAUCAUAUAAUUUCAUGUAUAAUCCGCCCCAACAUCGUAGAUCUCGAGGUCCGGGGAAAUUAAUAACAGCAGCUAGCGUAGUUUUAGGAUUUGGAAUCAUCCUCACCAUCCUUAACAUCUACGAACUACACAAGAUGAAGGAAGACCACAUGAUUCAUAUUCAACCAGCGACAGAGGGGAAAACAGGAACAUUUGGAUCCAAGCAACCUGUUGUAUGGGUGGAAGGAAAACAUCUAGGAACAGGCUACCUGAAGCAUGUGUUCACAGUGUUUGACAGAAUUGGGUAUGCUGUUGGUGACAGCGAGUCUAAGUGGGAUGUCCUCUGGUCACACGAAUAUCCAUUUGAAACUUUGUCCAAGAAAUUGGCAGAUCUUAAACCUCAUCAAAGGGUGAACCAUUUUCCAGGUACUGGGUACAUCACCAACAAAGUCAGUCUGGCCACCUCCUCCAUCUCAUACAUCCCUAAAGCCUUCAAAAUACCAUCAGAGAAAGACACGUUUCUCAAAUAUACACAGCAACACCCAGAGAAACUGUGGGUACAGAAGCGUAAUAGUCACCGGGGAAUCAAGAUAAAGAAAAUCAAAGAUUUAGAUUUGGCAAAUGAUGGCUCAUUUGUUCAAGAAUAUGUAGACAAACCAUUUCUUAUUGAUAAAAGAAAGUUUGACAUUGGUGUGUACACAAUCUUGACUUCUAUUGACCCUCUCAGAGUAUACAUCGUGGAAGGAGAGGUUCUGCUAAGAUUCUGUGCUGCGGAUUAUCAUCCAUUUGAUCCCACCAACACAAAGAAGUAUGUGGUUGAUGAUAACUACACUCCAGUCUGGGAGAUGCCAUCGCUAAAGAAUAUAUAUGAUGAUGGAAUGUAUACAUGUAAGGAGACUUUGGAUACCUAUCUCGAGCAGACAGGAUGUAACCACCUGAAGCUUUGGGAGGAUAUUAAGGAUUCCAUCAGACAAGUAUAUCUACACAAAGAGAAGGAACUAAUCUCUUCUUCAGCACGCUUCAGGAAUGUUAGAAACUUCUUUGAGAUGGUGCGGUUUGACUUUGUACUGGACGACCAAUUAAAUGUAUAUCUGAUGGAAGUGAACAUGUCCCCUAACCUGUCGUCAGGACAUUUCUGGAGGAACAAGAGGAUUUACGAACAUGUGGUGUACAAUGUAUUAUCCCUCGUAGGUGUGGCCAAAAGCACCUCCAAUGCAUUUGAAGACAGUGACCUGGAUGGGAAGGAUAUGUCAGCAUCAGACAAAGAUGUGACAGUGUUCCCGAUGUGGUGUACAGAGAGAAAAUGUUUGACAGACUGUCAGUCAGAGAAAUGUUCAAUCUGCCACCAGUGCCUUAAUAGGGAUACAAAAGAAUCAUUUAAACAUGCGUUCAUGGAGCACAUAAACAGGGGUACUUGUCGGAGGAUAUUCCCAAAACCAGUGAAACAAGAGGAGGCGUUGAAAUGGAGUCCAGCUACAGCAAAUGAGGAGUAUCACUCCCUCAACUCACGCAACAAGAAGAUGUACAUCUGGUUCAUGGGCAAGUGUCGACUGGACCCUGGCUGGUGCUUCUAAAAAUUAGGCAAUACUGAUCUUGCAGUCAUUCUUCUGACUUCUGACACCAAGUGAAGCCACUAGGGGUCACUGAUAAAUACUGUAUACAUUUUAACCAACUGCUGUUCACAGCUGUUAAAGUUUGCAUUUUUACAAAACUAAAUAUUGUCAUGACAAUUUUGUGGCACGUUUUGCUGAUCUAAAUCUCCUACAAACACUGCAAAAUUUAACAGCACUCAAACAUUAGUAGUAGUAUACAGAAACAACCCCAAGAAGAGCCAUUACAGGGGGUCACUGCUAACAACUGAUCUCAAGAAGAGUCACCAGAUAAUCUUAUAUACAGGUUUUACGUUGACACUUCCAACACUGACUCUGAAACUUGUUUUUCAUGCUGUGUUAUCUUUCAUUAUCCUGACUGUGAUAAUUUUUGCUACUAUUCUUAAUUUAGAUAAUAUACAUCAUAAUACGUACACUAUAAGUUUCCCACCUGAAAAAAUACUUGAUGCAAAAUUCAUUAUAUUGUUGAGACAUUUAUUACACAAUUCAUUUUAUUGGUGAAAGAUUUGUAUUAGAUGAUGUAUUAAAAGAUGUGUAAAAAUAGAUAGUGUACGGACAAUAUUUUUCAGAAUAAACUGUUUUUAUAUCCAUAUAGAAACAUUAUUUUAAAGAAAUAGAUGUCUAUGUUAGAGAUUUAGUAGAUAUUUAAUUUUAUCAAUGUUACAGGGUUUUAACUGUUAAUGUCUUGUGUGUUUUGUAUCAAUACUUACCUAUCAGAUAGGUUACGCCAUAAAAAUGAUGUGCAAUACUUUAAUAAAGGAACUAGACUAGUGUAAAACUCAAUUGAAGAAAAAUCUGUCUGCAAUAAUACCUAAUACCAACAUAACCUGUAUGUACAGGAUGAUUUCUGUGACAGACUCUGCAACCAUAAAAUAUGUUUGCUAUUGUUUUAUUGUUUUAUCAGCUACUGAACUUGCUGUUAUUGAUUUUAAUUUAAAUCCCUUAUCGAGAUAAGUAAAGGAUAUUAGCUGAAAACUGCCUGUUAUGUAAAAUAUUGGACAGUCUGAGGUGCAUAGCACUAAAGACUGGGGGAAGCCCUCGCCUGCCGUCAACUCCAAGUGUUAUUUCCAAAAUUACUUAUUCAAAAGAAAUCACAACUAUUGCUGGAAAUGUGUCUCUCAAUAAAGUUUUUGGAUAUGUAUGCAUCUUUAUAAUUAUGUAGAUGUUUCAUGUAAAAAGAGAGAUCUGUGAUUUAGAUUUUCUUUAAAAGAAUAAUAAGAAUAAUAAGUAAAGAUGACCAGACAUCAUCCGUAGGAAGAUCUUCAACUGGUUUAAUGGUUUACAUGUUUCGGCAUACUAGGUAUGCCGUCCUCAGAACAAAAGAAUAAUUAUAGUACAUGAGAAUCGAAUUACUGGAACACCGAAUAUGAUCUGUGAAAGGUUGAUGCUGAUAGUUAAGUUCUGUGUUACAUUUAAUGAAUAUGAAUUAUGUUGGAUUUAGUAUGCAUAUAACAUUGGAUGACAUCACAACUGUGUUUAAAAUCAGUUGAUAUCAAGCUGGUCUUUACUGUAAUGUAAUAUUUGUCCGAAAAUCAUUUUUAUUUUUUUAUCCAGGAAUCCCCUUUUAGUUAGGUACUUGGUAAACAGUUUAUGAUAAAGUAUAAUCAGAAGUUUUAAUGUAAAUGCUUUAUGAAUUUUUUUUAUAGAUUACACAUAUAAAGAAUAAAUUUACUUGUAAAACAAGUGACGUGAUGUACAUGUACGCAGAUGAUAUAUAAAACAUGGGGGUCGGGGAUAGAUAUGUAGUAUUAUAAAUAGAUGUUAGCGUCAGUAUUAUAAUUUGGUUGUAAAGAUUCACCCCUGGGAGAUAUAGAUAUACAGGGUUAUAACAAUAGUUGUUAUUGUCUGACAUUAUCAGAUUGUAGUUGAAUAAUAGAUAUUUAAUUAGAUUGCUCAAAGAUGAUUUUGUACUUGUCAGUAUGCUUUCAAAUGAUUGCUUUUUUAGGUCGUCUGCAGAGGUGUAUUUUCGAGUGGCCUAUUCUAAUUGCCUUUUAUGCGUUGUGUGUCCGUAAACAAUUUAACUAAGAGUCCCAGAGUCGUAAUAUUGGGCCAGUAGCUAUUUUCAAGGUCACUGGGGUCAAAUGGUUUAAAAUAAUGAAAUAGCUUCUCAAUAACCAGAGGCCUAGGACCUAAGUUGGACUUUCAUUACCUCCUUCAUUCACAAUUCAGUGCCAAUAUUAGGAUGAACCUAAACUUGAUCACAAUAAUUCAAUCUUUUAAUAAGUUUUUUACAAGAAAUGCACAACUAAAUCAGCACAUCAAGCUGCUGUUUCACAUCAAGUCCCAAACAAAAAAGUGUUUCUGAGGUUUGUAGCUAUUUUCUUGAGUAAUUAUCAUAUGUAAAUGUUACAGUUACUGUCUUUUUAGUACCCUUGUGCUCUUAUUUGCCAUGAAACCUAUGCAAUAACAUUAUUUUUUAGUUAGCGAAAACUUCAACCAUUAAUUUGAUAUAAAUUUCACAUUGUUUGAACUUCCAAUGAUUGAUUGAGGGGAUGUAGUCACAAGUAAUAACACAUACCAAGUAGGUAGAAAAAUAUUUAGUUGUGCGAGUCCUUAUACAUUUUAUAUAUAUAUAUGUAUCUAUAUAUGUUGGAAAAGCCUGGCAUUAGAAUGCUCAGAAAUGUAGGAGGUGUUGAUGGUUUAGGACACAAGGCAGUUGUAAAAAAUAAGGUCAGGAAAAAUGUAUAUUUUUCUUAUUUGUUUUCAGAUUAUUUUUAUAUACAUGUAUAUAUAUCAUACCACUUUAUUUAAAAAAAAAACAUAAUUACGUACCCUACAACAAAUAUCACAUCCCUAUAUACUUAAGAAUUUCAUUGAAAAGCAUGUAUUAAAAGACUAUUUAUUGUGUUAAAUCUUACAAUUUUCAGCAUCAACAAUACCCAGUGUCAAAACAAACUUCUACAUUCCUCAUUGUGAUGUGCCAUCUAUUAGUUUGUCCUCAGUUUGAUUAUAUUAAGACAGAUUUUGCUACAAAUGUACCGAUAUUUAUUUUUGCAAUAAUUAUGGUAGGUUCGUAAUACUUUAUCAGUUUUUGUCUGUGAUGAUUGUAUGUAGCUAUGAGAGUUUGAAAAUGCAUUAAAAUGAUUUUCUGACAUUUUCUGUAAUUUUGUAGUUUUGUUUGAUUUUGAUGAUGUGUUGUUAAGUAAAUUGUUAAAGGACUUUCAGUUUACUAAAGAUAGUAUUCACUUUGUAUCAGACAAUUACUCGUAAGCACAUUUCUGUUUAUUGAAGCACUUGGGGUAUGAAAAUAAUUUUGUUUGCAAACUGUAUGUAUGAAUCUUAACAAAAGUUUGCAAACAAAAUUUUUUUCAUACCCCUAUGAAACUAAAAAAUAAUUGACAUCAAUGCAUAUACAUGUAAUUAGGUUUUGAAAUUGAUCUUCAAAAUUAAAACAUGUUUAAUGUACAAUUUAACUGAUUCUUUUUCACAAUUCAAGAUGCAACGUCAAUGGCCGUAUUGUGAUGCCACAUUUUUCACACUAUUUUCAGAUAUUUUUUUUCAUAGAGGUAUAAAAAAAGAUUUCAACCAAUCAAAAAGCUGUAUUCUGUGUACAAACAAUGCAAAAUUAAUGAUUUUAUAUUCAAAAGUCAAGAUGUUGAUUUGUUAAUGUGGAGACAUAAGUUUUGUUCUAUGUAUAAUGGACUCUAGGGGAAGUAUACAAUUCUUAUUCAAAACCAUCUAAAACAAUUUACAUGUGUAGAAAUAAUUAAUGGCGACUGAUUAGAUGUACAUUUGUGUAGAACAUGUAGAUACUAGGCUAGUUGUAUCCGAGUUUCUGGUUAGCGUCUUUGUGACCCAUGUUUUGUUACAACAAAUUUUAUAGGCUUGCCUUUUGUCCAAUCCAUUUGUUCUAUCACCUUUUAUGAUAUUUUACACAAGUGAAAAAUAUCACUUUUUCCAGAUCUCAUUUGACCAAUCAAAGCACUGCUUACAAACAACAAUGGGAGAAGUUUAAAGUUGCCCCGAUAGAUUUUUUAAUAAAAUGUAAUAAACAGAAUAUUUAACAGUGUCUUCAGUAAUACCAAAUAUAUUUCACUGAUAUAAAAUGUUAGCCCCAUGAGUGAAAUAUAUUUGGUGCUACUGAAGACACUGUUAGAUAUCCUCUAUAUAUCUGUGACCCAUAUAUUGAAUUAUACUUAACCUGUAUCAUGGAAUCUCCUGGUCCUCGUGCAGCUAAAAACCCUUUUUGAUGAAAAAGGAGUUUCCAGAAACAAUAAAAUAAUAAAUAAUGUACAUAUUGA